AGUCUUGAUCAGCGUGUGGGUCACGUUAAUGAUGUAAAGUUUGUUUCCUUCCUCCGUUUUCUCCGACAAUUUCAGCGGCGCCAUUCUUCCCUGUUCUCUGACAUUUCUUGACGCCCAUUUCGUCUACCAUCUUUCUGAGAAAGUGAGAAGCUCUCAAGUGUCUGCUACUAUUUAAACAUUCAGCUCAGAAAUGGCAGCUUCAGUACAGUGCAGGGCUGAGGAGAGGACUCUUGGGAUGGUGAUGAAAGAGGUAGAUGAAGAUCUUGCUAUCUUCCUUCAAAGGCGGCGCAAUGAUUUGAUUGUCGAAGAAUCACGAGAUGAUCAGAGGUAUUUGGUAUCAAAUGAGACAUUGACAAGGCCUGCUACACAGAUGGCAAUGGAAAAGUUUCUGAGUUCUGAGAAUGAAGGAGACUAUGAAUGGCUUCUUUCACCCCCGCGUGUGCCUUCAUAUAGUUCAUCGGACACCGAGGAGCAGAAAGCUAUAGCAAAUCCAACGAGGACGAGUUCAGAUUCAACUCCUUUGAAAUAUACGAACACAGAUUCUGGGGAGGAUAAAACCUCACAAAAUAUGUCAUCUGUACAUCCUUCUACCAGAAAAUGUGCUUCUUUGCCUAACAAGAACGCUUCUCGUGCUGGGAGUGGAAGGCCAUUAAUGGAGGCAAGAAAACCGACUUCUUCUAGGUCUGCAACGCCCACUAGACAACAACGUGUGCCUUCGAGAGCUUCCACACCUUCUUCACGUGCAUCGUUUGUUUCUGCUAAGCCUGUUGCUGUUCCAGCAAGGUCUUCAACUCCAGUUAGAGCUAAUUCGCGUUCUUCCACCCCAACUGCUAGAGCCACGGUUUCAGCCACUUCAAAGUCUGCCUCAAGGUCUUCAACACCAACUCAUAGACCAUCAACUACAUCUAGUUCUAGCUCGUCUGCAGUUUCUGCUAGAUCUUCAUCGGUGCCAAAAAGAGCUCCCACUACUAUGUCAAGAAAUCUGUCAUCUUCUAGUGGGACUUCUCCAACCGUGACAUCCAGGCCAAGUUUGUCCCGUGAUGAUUCCACUAAAAGGCCUUCUUCUGCAUCCAGGGCGAGGCCAAGUUCUCCUAUUCUUCGACCAUCUACUACUAACAAUGCCACUGGUGAAAUUUCGCGGUGUAAAUCACACUCUUCUUCAAGAAGUAAAACCCCUACUACUAUUACAGCUCCUGGCAGUGGGAGCACUUUGGUUUCCAGGAGUAGAGGACACAGCGAUAAUAAAGAUGAUGUGAAUCCCGUAGUGGUGGGUACAAAGAUGGUUGAAAGAGUUGUAAACAUGAGAAAACUAGGUCCAGCCAAGCCAGACGCCUCCAAAAAGUCCUCGUAUUCUCAGGAGAGUUCAGGCUUUGGGACAUCCUUCUCCAAGAAGGCUCUCGACAUGGCUCUGAGGCAUAUGGAUAUAAAACGCAGAACUCCUGGUAAUUUGCGCCCAGUAUCAACUGGGGCUCCACCUGCCCCAAUGAAUGGCUCUAGUAAGAGUGAACCAGCAUGUAGUGUCUCUGACCAUCUUCUUGAAUUGCCAUGA